CCGAGGCCCUGAACCGCGAUCAUCACCCGCGGGACGGCGGGCAGAGGGACAGCUGGGGCGUAGGUCCUAGCGGGGUCCUGUCAGUGGGAAGGAACCUGGGGCCAGUGCAGCCUGGACUCGUGAGCGGGAUUCCCAUGGAGACACUUUUAAGGGAAAUUAAAGUGGCGAAUGCAAGGGACACUUCAUCUGAGUAAGCCCAGUGCACGUGGAUCUCCAACUUACACAGCGUCCUCGCCCAGGACAGGCUGCCGGUGAACCAGGCCGCUGUCACUGCUACACUCGCUGAGGUGACAGCAAGUGCAUCAGAAUUUCUGUCCCUGGGAAGUUACUCAUCUUUGUGGUCAGCACGCUGAAGAAAUGGAUUUGGAUCAACUGGAUCUGAAUCCCAGAAUUAUUGCUGCAAUUAAGAAAGCCAAACUGAAAUCCAUAAAGGAGGUUUUGCAUUUUUCUGGACCGGACUUGCAGAGACUGACCGGCCUCUCCAGCCCUGAUGUGCAGUACUUGCUGAGCACAGCCUCCUCACACUUGCGGGGCCGCAGUGUGUUCACAGCCCUCGACCUGCACCGGCUGGAGGAGAGGUUCCCCGCGCAGCACCAGCGCCUGAGCCUGGGCUGCCCGGUGCUGGACGGGCUCCUCCGCGGCGGCCUGCCCCUCGACGGCAUCACCGAGCUGGCGGGACGCAGCUCGGCCGGGAAGACCCAGCUGGCGCUGCAGCUCUGCCUGGCGGUGCAGUUCCCACGGCAGCACGGAGGCCUGGAGGCCGGGGCCGUGUACAUCUGCACCGAAGAUGCCUUCCCCAGCAAGCGACUGCAGCAGCUCAUCUCCCAACAGCAGCGCCUGCGGACAGACGUCCCGGGGGAGGUGGUCGGGAAGAUCAAGUUUGGAGACCACAUCUUCAUCGAGCACGCAGCCGACGUGGACAGCCUGCUGGCGUGUGUGAGCAAGAAGGUGCCCGUGCUGCUGUCCCGGGGAAUGGCCCGCCUGCUGGUCAUCGACUCGGUGGCAGCCCCGUUUCGCUGUGAGUCUGACGGGCCGGCCUCGGCACCCAGGGCCCGGCGUCUGCAGGCGCUGGGGGCUGCACUGCGCCAGCUGAGUGCCGCCUACCAGAGUCCUGUGCUGUGCGUCAACCAGGUGACGGAGGCUGUGGAGGAGCGGGACGCGGUGCCCGGGCCACCAGGGGCCCGGGAGGAGCGGCUGUCUCCAGCGCUCGGGAUCGCCUGGUCCAACCAGCUGUUCAUGAGGCUGAUGGCUGACCGGCGCCGCCCUGAGGACGCCAGCGCCAUGCAGGGCCACCCCACCCGCACCCUGAGGGUGGUCUUCGCCCCUCACCUGCCCCCCUCGUCCUGCUCCUACACAGUCACUGCCGAGGGCGUGCAAGGGACGCCUGGGACCCAGUCCUGCUGAUGCGACAGUGGCAGGACUACAGCCAGGUCCCGAGAAAGCUUCUCUGGCUAACUCCACGGUGCAGGUGACCGAGGCAUUCGGCUCAGUCAUUGCUGGGUUACGAUCUCCUCGAGGGUGUCAGCUCUACGUUCUCAUUGCGGGAAGACAGUGAGCACAGAGGACCCCGCCUUCGUCUCCCUGGGUCCUGGCACCCAGCUUUUAGAGCAGAGCACUUGUCCCCCACCGCUGCACUGGUCCCUGCGGGUGUGUACAGUGGUCUCCUGGAAGCCCUGGCCCCAGAAGGAGCAGCCUUCUGCAUCCUGUCCACAUCAGCUCCCACCCAGGAUGGGGGGCCAACAGCUUCUCCGGCGCCUGGGGCCCUGCCCAACGGGGUCUCCACCAUGCCCCCUGUGGGCUGCUGCCCUCCUUCCUGCAGGCUGUGCCGUUCCCCACUGUCCGGGGCCAUGGUCACGCGAGUCCCUCACUGGCCUCACCCCCUUGUUGGGGUGCCUC